CCCUUUCCCAGCACUAGAGGUUAGAGAAGCCAGGUUGAUGCCAUCUUGGGUGAGGGCAGGGGAGGGGCGUGGGUUAGGGUGACCCCCCGGCGCCAUACAGACUAAGGGCAACGAGCUCAGAGUGCGGCUUCCUUCCCUCAGUGUAGACGCUGGCGGGUGUUAAUGUAGAUAAGAGCAGGUUUGACUUCCUUUUCAGAUCCUAAGGCUCCUCCUGGGUACGAUGUAGAGUUGCAUCGGGAGAAAAAGGAAAUUCAAGUUCCCCGACUGCGAUACAGAGCUAGGACAGAGCAAGCUCCAUCUUGUCCUCGGCUCUCCGGGGGCCCUUGAAGCCUGUCAGGAGCCAUGUUAACUACGGGAACUAGUAGCCAUUUUCCUGCUCUUCAUCCUUUCAGUAUCUGUCUUUGAUUGGGUCACCCAGCUGGGUGCUUUGUGGGAGGAAAGACAUUUCUACGUGGUUGGGAUGUGUUGGUGGGGUUAUUUCCCGCCUGGGAACAGCGAGGGCGACGGGUGGGCUGGCGCUGUCUGCCUGCUCGUGUAUGACCGGUCCUUAGGACCCAGGGCGCCCCCUUUGUUCCCCGCGGGCGCGGGCCCGACUAAGUGGGGGAGGGGCGGGGAAGGGUGGGGCCGGCCCCGCGCGCGCCGCCGAGAGGCAGGGCCCCCUGGCCCCCGCCCCUUCCCACGCGCCAGCCCCGUCGCCCCCGCGCGCGCACACUCGCGAGCCCAGGCGACAUGCAAAUGAGCCUGGCUCCAGUGCCCAGACCCAAGUCCCCCACUGCUCAAUGGACACCCCCAGCCCAGACCCGUUGCCUUCGCCUUUGCCUGGGGAGGAAGAGAAACCUCUGGCCUUACCUCCUGUUCCCCGGGGCCGCCGAGGCCGGCGUCCCGGGGGUGCCGCCUCCUCGAAUCGGACGCUCAAGGCCUCCCUCCCUCGCAAGCGGGGCCGCCCCCCCAAGUCAGGGCAGGAGCCCCCGCUGGCACAGGGGGUGACAGCACAGGUAGGCAGCGGUGGUGGCAGCGGUCUCCUGCUGAUCGAUGAUCAGGGCGUGCCCUAUACUGUCUCUGAAGGGUCAGCGGCAGGCUCGCCCGAGGGCUCCGGCCCUAAGAAGGCCCCUCACUUCUGCCCCGUGUGCCUGCGGGCCUUCCCCUACCUCUCCGACCUGGAACGCCACAGCAUCUCGCACUCGGAGCUGAAGCCGCACGAGUGCAAGGAUUGUGGCAAGACCUUCAAGCGGUCCAGCCACCUGCGGCGGCACUGCAACAUCCAUGCGGGCCUGCGGCCCUUCCGCUGCCCACUCUGCCCUCGCCGCUUCCGCGAGGCGGGCGAGCUGGCCCACCACCACCGCGUGCACUCCGGGGAACGACCCUACCAGUGCCCCAUCUGCCGGCUGCGCUUCACAGAGGCCAACACGCUCCGGCGCCAUGCCAAACGCAAGCACCCUGAAGCCAUGGGGGCACCCCUGUGUUCCUCAGACCCAGGGCCCGAACCACCGUGGGACGACGAAGGCAUUCCGGCCAUGGCAGGGGCUGAGGCGGAGGAGGAGCCGGAGGGGAAAGAGCUGGCCUGACUCACACCCCCGGCCAGGUUUAGAGCUGGGAGUUCAGCUGUUGCUGGGUCUGGGCAGGGAGGCCGGGACAUCCUCAUAUCUGGUGGUCUUCCUGCUGUGGGAGGGUCUAGAGGAUGAGGACUUAAAAUUAUGGAUCCUGCCGCCUUCUGCCAUCCUUCCCAGGACUGACAGGCCCUUGGAGGCGGGGGCCUUGGAAAUAAAUCUCUGCCGACAGC